AUGUACGUUUGCACGUCUGUUAGGCCUUUAAGCGCUUGUGAACUGCAGUUUAGGAGGAAAGCUCUCCGAGACGCAGUUAUUUGUAUUGGUUGGCUGAAACUUCUGUCCCUGUUUUGUUACUUAGGCAUCUAUUUAUUAGUAUUCAUUCACAGUAAAGGAAAAUGGUCAAGUAUAAUCCAAUUGAUGGUACUAAUAGUUAUACCAUUUCAAAUUAUUAACGGAAUACUAUUAUUCUUAGGAGCCUUAGAGAUAAAAGUAUUGGCCUUAGAAUUAGCACUAUGGUUAUGUGUAUUACUGGCCGCGUACAAUACUGUUUUGGGACUGAUCGGAGGAAUAUAUUUCAUACGAACUGGGUUUCUGACAGUGCAUUUCUUGCUGUCACUCAUGUUUGCAAUCCAAUCCUUGAGUAUAUUUACGGUUUUGUGCCAUGAUGUGAUAGUAAUAUACACAUUCAGAUCAUUGGUGCAAAGCCCACCUCCGGGACCCCCUCAGCCUUCGACAGUAAUGCCAACACCUUCAUUACCUUCCAACGAUGCGCAGAGCAGAAAUCCGAGUUGGGCGUGA